AUGGUUCCAUCUAGUGAGUUCAUCAGAAGAAUUGUGGUGUUGGGAAAAACUGGAGCUGGGAAGAGCAGCCUCGCCAACACUAUAUUUGGAGAGAAAUUAUAUGAAACUGAUUCUUCAGCUAACUCUGGAACAAAGCAGUGUCAAGCAGAGUUGAGAGAAGUCAAUGGAAAGAGCAUAAAACUCAUCGACACCCCUGGAUUUUUUGACACAGGCAGGGAUGAGAAAGAGAUAAAAGAUGAAAUCUUGAAGUGUCUGAUUGAGAGUGCUCCUGGGCCUCAUGUUUUUGUGAUUGUGCUUACAUUGGAUACACACACACAGCAGGAGGAAGAGAUCAUAGAAAAGAUGACUGAAUAUUUCUCAGAUGAAGCUUUUAAGUUCACCACAGUGCUUUUUACACAUGGGGACCAGCUACCUGACGGCAGAAAGAUUGAGGAGUUUGUAUGUGAAAGUAAAUAUUUAGAUAAUUUUAUCAAAAAGUGUGGCAACCGCUGCAACGUCAUUGAUAAUAAAUACUGGAAGAACUCUAAAGAUGAUUACAGGAGCAACAAGUUCCAUGUAACAGAACUUUUAAAGACAAUAGACAACAUUAUUUUGGAAAAUGCUUAUGGGUACUAUAUCCAUGAGAACAUGAAGAAACUAGACACAGAUUUAAAGCAAGAGCAGGAGCACUUAAAGGAAGAAUCUCCAGAUCUUUUACCAGAUAAGAUCCAAGAAAAGGCCAAAGUUGUGGUCCAGGAAAAGUGGUCACGUUAUCUCUUGAGACACAAAGAGCAACUUUAG